UUGCAAGCCUAACCUCCAGCUGGGAUCAAAACGAUAAGGUGUUUCUGCCAUUGGAGUCUAACUCUCUUGAGAAGACGAAGCAAGCUCGCCCACAGGGUCAUACCGAUGGAAGCUCACACGCUGGAGAUGUUUGAAGUUGGGCCGUGUGAGACCCCUUUCCAAAUGGGCUUCUUGAUUGGCCGGAGGUUCUCUCGUCUGAUACAGAGCAGGUUGUCUAGAGACCUCAUCCUUCAAAACCAGCUCCUGCCAUGGGCAAGAGCUCCAGAAUCACGGCCUCUCCUCGAAUCUCUCUGCGGGAAUAACCGGAACAAGUUCCCUCGCUACUGGGACGAGCUCGUUGGGACGGCAGAAGGGAGUGGCGUGCCGGUUCUCGAUGUAGUAUUGAUAAACUUCAGGAAGGAAAUCCUACCCUUCAUCCCGGAGAAGGAGCCAAAGUCAGACCCGCCCGAGAAAGCCAUCGAGUGUUCAGACGUAUUGGUCGUCAGCAAGUCGAUGGCUGCUGCCGGGCACAACGAGGACGCUAAUGUCGCUCUGGUUGGCCACACCUACUUAAUCAAGGGUACUCUGUCAAAUGGAUUGUGCUUCAUUUCGUACACGUAUGCAGGUGAGCUCCCGAGCUGCGCUUUCGGAUUCAACAACAAUGGAAUGGGAUUUACACUGAAUGCAGUACCUCCCUCUAAAGAAGAGAUUGUAGCAGGUGGAAUUGGAAGGAACUUCAUCUCCAGAGAUCUCCUCGAGGCGACGAGCAUGACCGAUGCGACCAGUAAAAUCCGCUCUGCAGAAGCAUCCGUAGGGCACAGCUACAAUCUGAUCGACCUGAAGGCACGAAGAAUUAGCAACAUAGAGACCGCAUCGGGGAACCGGCUCUCGGUUAAUGAAGUGGAUGAAACGCCGUUCUUCCAUGCAAACAUGUAUCUGCAUCUUCUAGUCAAGCAGGUAGAAGAUGAGAACUCAAAAAGCAGGCAAACGAGAGCGGCUGUGUUACCGAAGAAUUCUAAACAGGACUUCCUGUCACUCCUUGGAGAUACAGAUGAUGCGAAAUAUCCCAUCUACAUGUCAGGUCCAAUGCUGUACACGCUAUGCACGGCUCUGGUCAAUCUGGACGAGCGGACGCUGAGCAUCAUUAAAGGGAAUCCAAAGAAAGGAGAAAUUUCUCAUACCUUCUCUCUGUCCUCACCAGAUCUCAAGAAGCUGUGCUGAAACCUCCAUGCAGCUCAUUUUGCUCUGAUGAAGUGGGAAAGACUAAUGCAGUUUCCGGGGCUCUCAUCCAG